AGUUUGAAGAUAGAAAUCAAGAAAUAAACUUGAUAAAACAGUUGACACUCUGAAACCUUUCCUGAGUUACAUUUCUGAGUAACAAUACUAAAAUGGCUAAUGAUGUCAAGGUUGAGAUUGAUAGACGAGCCACUGGUGGAACAUUUACCAACCAUGACACAAUCCGUGGUAACAUUGUAUUAAACGUAACAUCUUCAAUUAGUUUAAACUCCAUUAGUGUGAAGUUAGAGGGUAUUUCCAAGACUCAACUUCAUAUCCCAAGAGACCAAUUGGCAGAAAAUCGUAAUCGAUCUGAAAGAGAUCUUCAACGUGAACGCACCAAAAAGGAGAAAACCAUUCUGGAUGUUCACAAGGUCUUGUACGAUACAACCGUUGUCUUCCCACCUAAAAAUAUUCGUGAUGUUCUGAGCUCAAAGGAAUACACUCUUGCCCCAGGAAGUUACACUUACCCCUUUGAAUUUGUCAUUCCCUUGGAAAAUUCAUGUAUUAAACUUCUGGGAAUCUCCAACAAGAUUCAAUUCAAUAGAAAGACGUUCGAUAUAUCGAUCAAUAACGGUAACUUCAACGUAAACUCGGUGAGAAAGGCUGCUGUGCUGUUUCUAGACGGAAGUGCGGGGACCCAUGAUUAUCAUGAUGAGCAACUCAAGGGAGAAUAUCAUAUAACUUCCCAGUUGCCACCAUCAUUUUCAGGCUUGGGUGAAUAUGCAAACAUUCGUUAUUUCAUUAAAGUGACUGCUAAAAGAUCUUCAAUCUUGAAACCUAAUCUUCGAUCUUUUGAUCCAUUUAUCUUCCUUCCUUUAGAUAUUGAUUCAAGAGGGAAUCCAUUAUCACAACUGGAUCAUCAUGGUCACCCGAAGAAUUCAUUCGAUUCCCAAGAAAUAUAUAUUAGAAAGGAAAUGAUAUUCUCAAAUAGAAGCCCAGGAACUGUUCCAGUAAACGUUCCUCAUAAUGGCAAGAAGUUACCUAAUGAGCCCUCUUCUUCUUCUUCUUCUUCUGGAAGAGAAUCCGGAGGUGGGUUCCUUCUGAAACUAUUUGGUUCUCCUACUCCAUAUCUUGAUUCUAAUAGCCCAUAUCUUCCUGGGAAAAAGUCUAUUCAAGGAGUUCCCUUUAGUUUUGAAGUUAGAUUUAGAAACCCUCCAUUUCUUAUUCCAAAUAAGCCUCCAUCCUUUAAGCUAUACCUUAUAAGUUCUGUGGAUCCACUGACAUACUCAUUGGCUAAACACGGACGUCCUGAUGAAUCCAAUGGAUUGGGGGUUAUCUAUAUGGAGAAACUUGUGGUUGAUUUAACAAGUUCUACAGUUGUCUCGGUGCUUGAAACCGAUGGUUCAUAUAAGGAACUUCAUCGUUCAAGUGUCGAAACAAAGACUCCAAUAUGUGAUCUUUCGUAUAACAAUUUGAAACUUGAUUUAAUGAAUAGUAAGAAGAAAACUCCAACAUCUCCGGUAUAUGAAUUGGAAAUCCCUGCCAAAUUCUAUGCAAAAUGUUCCUUACCUGAUAGUAUUUCUCCAUCGUUCACCACUUGCAACAUUUCUCGUCGAUAUUCAUUGGCAAUUAGAGGGGGAUUUUCUAGUCAAAAGAUUGUUAAUUUCUCAAAUUUAGAUGAAGUUCAACAGAAAAUCAAAUUUGUUGAAUUACAAUGUCAAGAUGUUAAGGUUCUUAGUGGAUUAUCACAUACCAUGGGGCCACAGGUUCAAGUAUCGCCUCCUAUACCCAAUGAAAUCACUCCUCCUAGAAUUUCCGCUCCUCGUCCUGAAGCUGGUCCACUUCCAUCAAAGGGUAAUGAAGCACACACUCCUCGCUAUGAAGAAGAAGAAGGUGGAAGAACAGAAGAGUCACCGGGACCUGAAUACCCUCUGAGGCCAAUUGGUCUGCUGCAACUCCCAACUUAUGAAGAGGUUCUCCAAGAAAGUACCCUGAAUGAUCCGCAGGCCGGAAGAAGAAGAUACCAACAACCACGUCUGUACUAUACGAAUUUAGAAGAUUAAAUUCACAUACCUCAGUACCUUUCCACUUUUUUUUAUUCAAUAUUUCCAAGAUACAUCACAUCUUUUUGAAACAUUUAUACUCCUAUGAAUAAUAGACUCUAAUAUGAAUUAAUACACACAUUAUAUAUUAUAUAUUAUUAAUACUAAUAACACUUUAU